GUGACCACCAUGAUCAUGAUGACCACAAUGACCACGGUGACCACCAAGGUGACCACCAUGAUCAUGAUGACCACGAUGACCACGCUGACCACCAAGGUGACCAAGGUGACCACGCUGACCACCAUGGUGACCACCAUGACCACAAUGACCACCAGGCUGACCAAGGUGACCACGCUGACCACCAUGGUGACCAAGGUGACCACCAUGACCACCAGGCUGACCAUGGUGACAAAGGUGACCACCAAGGUGACCACCAUGACCAUGACCACCAUGACCACCAUGACCACCAAGGUGACCAAGGUGACCACGCUGACCAGGCUGAGCACCAAGGUGACCAAGGUGACCACGCUGACCACCAAGGUGACCACCAUGACCACAAUGACAACCAUGACCACCAUGACCACCAUGACCACCAAGGUGACCAAGGUGACCACGCUGACCACCAGGCUGACCAAGGUGACCAAGGUGACCACCAAGGUGACCAAGGUGACCACGGUGACGAGGAUGACCAGCAGGGUGACCAGCGGUGGUGGUACAGCCGGUGUCCGGACGUGGACGAGUGCAGGCUGGGCCUGGCUCGUUGUCACCCGCGCGCCCGUUGUCACAACAGCCCCGGCAGCUUCCAGUGCCGCUGCCAGCGCGGUUACCAUGGCGACGGCGUGGCCAGCUGUGAGCCCACGUGUUUCUCCGACUGCGGCCACGGAUUCUGCUCGGGACCCCCCAACUUCACCUGCGUUUGUCACCUGGGCUGGACCAACCCCAAACCCCAAAAUUCCUCCUCGGGGGGGUCCCAGGAGCCCCCCCAGUGCUCGGUGGAUUGCGGCUGCAACUUCCACAGCUCCUGCGAGCGCGGCGGCCCCGGGUUCUGCGACCGCUGCCAGAACUGGACGGAGGGCCCGCAGUGCCAGCGCUGCCGCCCCGGCAGAGGCUCCCAAACCCCAUUUUAACCCAUUUUAA